UACAUGGAAUUUUAAAUUCCAAGUCAAAUUUCAAAUUCAGCCUCUCCCUCUCUAAGUAAUUAUAUGUAGCAUAAUAUUCAUUGCUUAUCUGGAAUUUAAAAGGAAAGAUGCCCCAGCACGAGUAUAAAAAGGAACAAGUAAUUGGUGUCUGUUGCAUUAAUUGUAGAUAUAAUUGGAUUCAUAAAUUUGUUUACUUAGUAGAAGAAGCUGAAUUGAGAAUCAGUCGAGUAAAAGGUCUGAAACAUGAAGACUGUUUUUCUCAUUUGCUUGUUAGUUUUGUGUGUUAUUGGUGUUUGUCAAGGAGGUGGUCUGAGGAAGAAAUUCUAUAGAAAAUCCUGUCCUCAAGCAGAAGAUAUUGUUAGGAAGGUUACUGAGAGACAUGUCUUAAGCAAUCCCAAUUUACCUGCUAAGUUGUUGAGAAUGCAUUUUCAUGACUGCUUUGUCAGGGGAUGCGAUGGUUCAAUUUUAAUAGAAUCAACAACAAACAACACUGCAGAGAAAGAUUCAAUUCCAAACCUAACUUUGACAGGAUUUGAUGUUAUUGAAGACAUAAAAUCAGAGCUAGAGAAAGUAUGUCCAGGACUUGUAUCUUGUGCUGAUAUAUUGGCCUUGGCUGCCAGGGAUUCGGUUUCCUACCAGUUCAAAAAACCACUAUGGGAAGUGCUUACUGGUAGAAGAGAUGGCAGUGUUUCACUAGCUUCUGAAGUCUUUGCUCAUAUACCUUCGCCCUUUGCCAAUUUCUCUGCUCUUAAGCAAAAUUUUAAAAGCAAGGGUCUUACAGUCCAUGAUCUAGUUGUACUGUCAGGUGGACACACCAUUGGAGUAGGACACUGCAAUCUCUUCAGCAAUAGGCUUUACAAUUUCACAGGAAAAGGCGAUCAAGACCCUUCCCUUAGCGCAACCUAUGCGGAGUUCCUGAAGGCCAAAUGUCGAAGUCUUGCCGACACGACAACCACAGUAGAGAUGGAUCCUGAUAGCUCUUUCACAUUUGAUAACGAUUACUUUGUUAUUCUUAAGCAGCAUAAGGGUCUUUUCCAAUCUGAUGCAGCCCUUCUAACGAACAAGAUUGCCAGUAAAAUUGCUGGAGAGUUGCUUAAUUCUAAAGCUUUCUUUACAGAGUUUGCUCAGUCAAUGAAGAGGAUGGGAGCCAUUGAAGUUCUUACUGGCUCUAAAGGAGAGAUCAGGAAAAAGUGCAGUGUUGUUAAUUCUUGAGUUAGUUAAUUAUCUAUGUAUUUUAGUGAUUAAUUUGUAAUUUGUAUCUUUGAUUUGUGUACGAGUUAUGAAAUUAAUUGUUGUGAUAGUCAAUUGGUCAUUAUUUACUUGAUUUGUGAAUGGUAAAUAAAAUAUUAGC